UCUCAAACCUAAAACAGAUCUCAAACCUAAAACAGGUGCAUAACCUUCAGUCAGUUCAGUCGUCCGCUAUAAUUGUACAAUGUUUGUUUUCUCUCUCUGCUAAUUACUCAAAUAUUAGGCAUUUUGAUGAUGGCGAGAAAUAUUGUAUUUGUCAUUUCUAGAUGGCCCGUUACAUAUAAGAGGAACAUUUGCGAACGAGACUGAAAAAAGUAAGAAAAAAAAGUGAUGGGCUCAAGGAAAACAACAGUAAAUAUGCCAGACGAUCAGAAAGAGCUGAUUGAAAAUGUAAGGCAGUGCCUUGAGGAAAACCGAGUCUCGGACGCGUGGGACCUCACAUUCGGGGAGGAGAACAAGAAACUUGUUGGGAGUUGCUCGCAGGAGCUGUUCUCUGUAGUGAGCAAGUACCUCAACGAAGACUCUGCAUUGAAAAACACAGUCGUGUUCGAGUAUGCCAAGGAUCUUGUCCGGCAGAUUGCCGAUCAGCACGAGCCCGAAGAGACGCUCCUCGAGCUGCUCGAGUUUGUCGAAACGGCCGACGUCACCGGCUUUCUCAUUUACACGGACGCUCUCAAAACCUGCCUUCAUAAAAUGCCCAACAAGCGUGGCACGUCGAUCAUCUGGGUCUGCAAUACAAUCGUGCGUUACUUGUGCGACAUGGACCUACCGAAAGAAAUCGAGGAUGAGAAAUACGACUGUUUUCUCGAAGAAGACUCCGCAGAAGCUAAAAACAUAAUCAAAGUCUAUAAUUCAAUCAUAAAUAUGUUCGAACCCUUCGUACGCGAAGUUGAGACUGGACAGUUUGAAGUGAAGGAAAAGCACAGGGUCGAAUAUGUUGAAACUAUACUUAAAUUUUUGCUCAAGCUUCUUGGAAGGCCGUUAGCCUUCAUGGACCUCGAGACAAAAAGUUAUUACGAAAUAUCAUGCAAAAUUAUUAAAUUCAUUUCAGUUUAUAAACACGACCCUCUUCAUUAUUUAAGUUGCAUCGAUGUGAAUUGUUCCGUCUAUGAUGCAUUAAGCUCUACGACGGUUGAUGCGGAUUACACAAAUCUCUCUUUGAUGGUUUUUUAUCAUAUGCUUUUCAAACACAAACUAGGUUUAAAUGAAAUCGCCCAUGUUUAUUCAAUUGAAUACAUCCUUGAGAACAUAUUGACCAUGACGCACGAUGUUCUGACGAUGAGGAAUCCCCCGACACAGUUAAAAGCGACAGAAAUGACUUUGAAGUUUUUCGAAAGGGUUUGUGAUAAGAGUUUGUCUAUAAACAAUUUGCCUUUUACAGUCGUAAGUAAGUUCAUCGAAGUCCUCACGCACACCAUGGUCUACAGUGAUACAAAAACAAUAAGGCAGAAAUCUGUUCAGAUCUAUAAACAAUUUCUUUACAAGUUUAAUUCAGAAGGGAGAUUCAGGCUGAUUACGAGUCUGGACAAAACGGGUGACCCUGGAUUGGUCGGUUACGGUCUUACAAUACUUAAAGAUUUCAUCGUGGAAACGCUUGAUAAAAACGACAGUCAAGAUUUGAAAGAGUUCACCGGCACAAAGCUGAAAUAUUUACUCCAACAGUUUUGCACGAUGGAUCUGAACGACGACCUUGUGCGCAAUUCAGACCGCAUAAUAAGUACACUCAAUCUCUUGCGUUUCAUUGUCAUACGAGAUCAGGACAACAUAACGGGGAUCGCCCAGUACAUCGAAAAACUUGAAGACGAUUAUCUCACCCCGCUGAAGCACAGGAUCGAGGUGAUGCGCAGAGAGCACGUAUUCGAAAAGGAUGGCCUGAUCAAAUGCCAGGAACGAGGGUCUGAAUCGGAUGUAAAGAAAGUCCUCGGUCUCACCUGCGACGUACCAAUUGAUGAGCAGAUCAAAGCCCUGGACAAAUCGUUUACAAUUCUUGACCUCAUCGACAGUCUCCGGAGCCGGUUGUCAAUGUUCAUCUACUCAAAAGUCAACAAAGUCGAAAUCCCCAUUGAUACAUAAAAAAAAGAAAAGAAAAGAAAAACCCUA